GUAAAUAUUGAAAUGCAGCACAACCACUAGCUCAGUUACGAUUGUUUACGUUUAUUUUCGGCCACAUCGGCAUCCGUUCGAUGUGAGAAAGCUGGUUUUCAGUUUAGCCUGGUGCGUAUCGUGUUUGUGUACCACCAAUCACACACCAUGCUUCCACAUUCCGUCAUUUAUCAGUUCGAAUAAAUUUGUUUAGUUUCUGAUUGAAUUGUUCAUUUCAACUAGACACACGAAUAGUGUCAAAGGUAAAUAAUUACAUAAUAUCACAGAGCACUGCAACACGGAGAUCCGCUGAUUUGUUCUCUACUCACUGUGCCGAGGAAAGCAAUUUGAACGCGACGAAAAUGGAGGCCUUAGCCGUGGCACUUGAACCGCACAAAAACACCGUGGGCUUGUCGGCAGCCAUCAUAACGGUACUGCAAUUCUUUAGUGGAGUGUUUGUGGUGAAAGACAUCCGAAAGAAGGGAAAUACGGAAGGUUUCUCCGCCGGCCCAUUUCUCGGUGGCGCCGUGUUUUGUCUGCUGAACAUCCAGUUCGGUCAGAUGCUGCAGGAUGACGCCAUGAUUAAGGUAAACUUCAUUGGGCUGGCGUUGAAUGUGGUGUACGUUUGUGCGUUCUACAUGUACACGGCGCCCGGUUACGGCAAAGCGAAGGUUUGGGGACAAACCGGAGCUGCAGGAGCGGUGGCCGUCGGAAUAAUUGCCUAUGUGCAGUACGAGGAUCCGAAGGUGGUCGAGUUUCGAUUCGGACUGAUACUGACGGCUGUGCUGUUGCUGCUUGUUGGAAUGCCGCUGUUAGGCUUGGGAGAAAUCAUCAGGAACAAGAGCACCGAGGGACUACCGUUCCCAAUCAUACUGGCCGGGUCGAUAGUGUCCUUUGCGUGGUUACUGUACGGGGUAGUGCUCAGAAGCAAUUUUCUCGUGGUACAGAAUCUGUUGGCCCUGGCCCUGGGAGCAAUACAGCUCGCGCUGUUCGCCAUUUAUCCAAAUACCCCUAUUAAAAAGCAAACUAAACGGGCAAAGAAGACCAACUAAGGAACAACGAUGUAUUCCGACUUCGAAGGACUGAUUCGUGAACGAAUGAUAGAAACAAUUGGAUGGAACCGAUUGACAAUAACAUGUUAUGGGGUGGACAAUAAUAUACAACUUUUUUAUACAGCUAGACUCGGAGAUUAAAGCAUAAUGUUUCUAUACAGGCUACUUUUUUAAAGUGCAAUCGUUAAAGGCUCAGAAAAACUUUGAAACUAACCAGUGAUAGUUAAUUAUUGCAGCACAAGAUUAAUAGAUUUAUGGGAAAACUAGCGUUCGGAAAAGAAGACAAUAAUUGGGGGUGUCAUUAGACGCGUUUAGUAAUGUAGGUUGCCAAGUUAAAACAGUUUAAAAAGUUUCCAAGUUGAAAUAAUAGUAUACUAACAUGGUAAUAAAAUUUGAAUAGGAAUUUUGUUCAAUGCUCAAUAAAGACCAAAAAAUAUUAUGAAAACAUA